GUCCCUGCUGUCUCAUUGGCGGCUUUCGAAGCAGCUGCAAAAUGUUUUAAACUUUCAGUGGACUUUGUGGUCAUCGGCGUGGAGCCUGGAACCGUUACUCUCAGCAAGGGCUCUUUCAGCUCUGAAAUUCUAUAGCACCACACUGAUCUGCCUGGACGUCCCUCCUCUCGGCUCAGCUGCUCCCGUCGCCUCGCAACCGCAGCUUUUGCGACAGGGGCUCGGACCGGACGGAGGUAUUCGCCGGCGCUCAGGGGGCAGCGGCAAAAGCGCCGCGAGCCCGGCAGAACCAUGCUGCGAGGCAAGUCCAGGCUCAACGUGGAGUGGCUAGGCUACUCGCCCGGGCUACUCCUCGACGAUGGGCCACCCCCACCGGGGCGCACGCCUCGGAACCCCAUUCGAAAUGAGGGUUCAUUGGCAUCUACCCUGAAGACUCUGCUGUUCUUCACAGCUUUAAUGAUCACUGUACCUAUUGGGUUGUAUUUCACCACUAAAUCUUAUGUUUUUGAAGGUGCCUUUGGGAUGUCCAACAGGGAUAGCUAUUUUUAUGCUGCUAUUGUUGCCGUGGUUGCUGUCCACGUGGUGCUGGCCCUCUUUGUCUAUGUGGCCUGGAAUGAAGGUUCACGACAGUGGCGUGAAGGCAAACAGGAUUAAAGUGAACAACACCUUUUGAUAGUGUUAUAUUGUCUUAAAAAUGGCAAAUGCAUCCAGGAUACUGAUUGUUUCAAUAAUGGUGAAAGAACAUAUUAAAAUCCAUCCUUAAUGAGUCACAUUUAACUAGUGUAAAUUUUGAUCUUUCUGAUACAGUGGUUUGCAUCAUCUAUUUUAACUAUAAGCCUCUCAUUUUCAAAUGAAAAUUUGGAAAAAUUAAAUUGGUGGCAAAUAAUUAUGUUUAAUUACGCAUUAUUCUGGGAAUAUUUUACAACAACAAUAUUCUGUAGCAUUUUUUCUUGUAGUUGGCUUUGAAUGUUACUUUUCUGGAUAUAUUAAUAAGGCACACACUGAAGCAAAUCUAAACUUUAUCUUUUGUUGAAAUACUUUCCCUAACUAUCAUGAAAGUACCAGGUCAUUGGAUUUUGGUCUGUAAAUUCCUAUGGAAAAUUGCUUAAAUUGUUAAUGCUGGAAUUUUUCUGAAUGUCACAGAAUUUUCAAAAAAAGUAUAAUCCCUAGUCAAUAGGAACCUUUCCUUACAUUAUUUCAUGGGAAAACUAGGCUGAAUUCCAUCCAUUUUACACGAACUGAUUUAUCGAGGGAUCUCUGUAGCAAAGCAGAGCUAGCUGCAUCCCUGCAGGCCAGCCUGUGCUUUCACAUCAACUCUUUAAUAAGCUGUUUUGCUCUUGUUCAACAAUGAAGUUAUGCUUUAAUUACCAGGUUUGUGUAAAUUGCCUUUAAAUUUGUUUUUUUUCUACUGUUUUUUUUAUACUUUAUAUGAUAGGAAUUUACAUUUAAAUGCUUAUUUUUGCAUACUUAGGGAAUGGGAACAAUUCUGAAAAUAGAUUGUUUUUAUCACCCAGGAGGUAUUCUUGGGAUUUCUAGUCUAGUCUUUUCAAUCAGAGUCAAUAAAUCCCAGAUGUAUAUAAUUAGGUAAUUCUCAAGGCCCUUUCUGAUAGAAAAAGACCUGUGCUUUUAUUUUAGUAUCUUUAGUGUAUGGUUCUUUCUAGCAACUUGGUACUACUUGUAUGCAAUCUGAAAACAAACCCAGAAAAUGCAUGUAAAAAGAGGGAGAAAAUUUAAGUACCCUGUAAUUUUGCCAUCCGGAGAUAACCACUACUUUGGUUUACAUCUUGUAUGCAUUUCUUAAUGCUAGUUCGAUACUAAAAGUUUAGAAUAAGUUCAGAUUCCGCCAACUUUUCCUGACAGCUAUUUGCAUUUUUUCAUGAGUGAUUAGUGGCCAUUUUCUAAAAAACAGAAAAA